AUGCCAUCAUGGAAUAUUCACAAAGAACACUCAAGUUUCAACAUUCUUAGUGUUGGUAGUGGCACAGGAGAAAUUGAUAUCGAAAUUGUAAAAAUUGUUGCUCAAGAACUGUUCAGCAAUGGUAACUGGAAAAGCAUCAAAAUUUUAAACCGUGCACUUGAACCAAACAAAUUUUCUUGUGCUGCAUAUGAAGCUAAUGUCACUGCAAUAAUGAAAGCUCUCGUGCUCGGGCCGAGUGAAAGUGUAAAGUUUGAUCUUAUUCACUUCAUUCAUAGUUUAUACUAUACCGAUCUAGAGAGUGCUAUUUGGUAUUGUAUGGUAGAAAAACUGAAAGAGAAUGGACGUUUGGUAUGUCUGAUUGGUGACAAGAACAGCAUCGUUAAUAGGACUUUUAUCAAACAAGUGAAAAGUAAAAUGAUGACGAAGGUCAAUGAUGAUUUUAUGACGUCCGAAGGAUUGGAAAUUUUGGCUAAAAUUAUAAAGUUUGCUAAGAAAUACGGUUGGCAUUAUGUAAUUUACUCAGUAAACUUGCAACGUGAUGUCACAGACGUUUUCUUUCCAGACUCAUUAGAAGGUAACCUUUCAUUGGACUUUCUGAUGAAUACAGAGAACUAUCGUUGCAAUGUUUCAGCUUUGGAACUCAAUGAAACACUCGACUACAUUAAACAGUUGUCUGUUGAACGUAAUGGUAGACGUUAUGGUGAAAAAAAAAUUCACUUUUGAUUUUAUA